GGGCUCCCUCCCGUCGCGGCUCCGCUAUAAAACCUGGGUCGGCAGGACCGCGGACCCCCGGCGGCCUCUUCAGCGCGCGGUCCCCGGGUCGGCGGCGUCGCCACUCCUGCGCAGGAUGCAGCUGCUGCCGGCGCUCCUGGUCCUCGCCGCCGCCCGGCCCUGGGCCCGCGCAGGGUCACACUGGUGCUACCAGAAUCAAGUCAAACCCUCCAACUACACCUGCUUGGGGCCGGACCAGUGGGGCGAUAGCUGCCAGAAUGACCGCCAGUCCCCCAUCAACAUCGCCACUGCCAAGACACUGCUGGACCCAAACCUGGGACCCUUCUCCUUCUCCGGCUAUGACAAGAAGCAAAAGUGGGCUGUGCAAAACAAUGGCCACUCAGUGAUGGUGUUGCUGGGGGCCGAGGCCUCGAUUGCUGGAGGAGGACUGGCCGCCCGGUACCGGGCCAAGCAGCUGCACCUGCACUGGUCCAAGGUGCUGGACUGGGGCUCGGAGCACAGCUUCGACGGGGAUCGCUUUGCCAUGGAGAUGCACGUGGUACAUGAGAAAGAAAAGGGGACAUCAAGGAACACGAACCAGAACCAGGACCCCAAAGAUGAGAUCGCGGUGCUGGCCUUCAUGGUGGAGGCCGGAUCCGAGAAUGUUAACUUCCAGCCCCUGGUGCAGGCGCUGUCUGACAUCCCCAAUCCCAAUAUGAACACCAUGCUGAAAGACAACAUCAGCCUCUUCGACCUGCUCCCCAAGAAGGAGAAACUGAGGCACUACUUCCGCUACCCGGGCUCGCUCACCACACCAGGCUGCGAUGAGAAGGUGGUCUGGACCGUGUUCCAGGAGCCCAUUCAGCUCCACAAGGACCAGAUCCUGGCAUUCUCUCAGAAGCUGUAUUAUGACAACGAGAAGAAACUGAAAAUGACAGACAAUGUCAGGCCCCUGCAGCCCCGGGGGCAGCGCCAGGUUCUCAGGUCCCAGGCCCCGGGACGGCUGCUGCCCUUGCCGCUGCCCGCCCUGCUGGCCCCCGUGCUCACCUGCCUGACAGCAGGCUUCCUCCGAUGACGACUCAUGUUUGGACACCUGACCUCUGGUCUCAGCCCUUAAGAGGGCUUGAGCCUCUGUUCCUCAGGCUUCCCGGGUUGGACUUUGGUGAUGAUUAAAACAGGGACAUGUUUUUUGGGAAA